AUUUUUAAUUUACACACAUAAUAAACGAUCCAUCUUGGACUCUCAUCGGGGAAAAACCAAACACCACAAAGCGAGGUGUUUCGGUGAUUGGAGAAAUUUGAAUUAGAGAUGAUAUUUGGGGGGCCUCGAGGUAGAAUAUAUAAAUAAUUGUGAAAGCAAGACUUGAAUUGUUUGAGUAAGGGAUUGUAGGGUAUUGAAUUAGAGGUGAUUUUGGUGUGGAAAAAUGGACGCGGAGAUUGCAAAGGCACAGGAAGAGAGGAAGAAGCUGGAGCAGCAGCUAGCAUCUGAACAGCUUGCAUCCCUUAACUCUGUUACUUUUGAUACUGAUCUUUAUGGAGGGAACAAUCCUUUUGAGGGUUAUGAGAAAUCUAUUCCUGUUAAUGAGGAUGAAGAGAAUCUUGACACUGUGGAUUCACAGGUUCCGAGGAGGCUUGCGUCUUACACGGCUCCGAAGUCUAUUAUGAAUGAUAUGCCGAGAGGUGGAGAUGAUGAUGAGGCGUUGGGCUUCAAGAAGCCGCAAAAGAUUAUUGACAGGGAGGAUGAUUAUAGGAGGAGAAGGCUGAAUAGGGUGAUUUCACCAGAGCGACAUGAUGCGUUUGCUAAUGGGGAUAAGACCCCUGAUGUUUCUGUGAGGACAUAUGCGGAUGUUAUGAGGGAGGAGGCUUUGAAGAGGAAGAAAGAGGAGACGUUGAAAUUGAUUGCCGAUAAGAAGAAAGAAGAGGAGGCAGAGAAGGAGAAAAAACCUGCUGAUUCACAAGCCACUCAAAAGAGAAGGAACAGGUGGGAUCAAUCUCAGGAGGAUUCAAAUGCUAAAAAAGCUAAAGCUUCUUCUGAUUGGGAUUUGCCUGAUUCGACUCCAGGGAUUGGAAGGUGGGAUGCGACGCCUACACCUGGAAGGGUCGGUGAUGCGACCCCGUCCUUAUCCAGGAAAAAUAGGUGGGAUGAGACUCCAACUCCAGGUAGAGUUGCUGAUUCUGAUGCCACACCAAUUGGUGGCGGUUUAACUCCUGGUGCUACACCAGCUGGAAUGACUUGGGAUGCUACGCCAAAGCUUGGUGGGAUGGCUACCCCUACCCCAAAACGUCAGAGGUCAAGGUGGGAUGAAACACCUGCAACCAUGGGAAGCGCUACACCUGGUGCUACGCCAGCUGCAGCUUACACACCAGGAGUGACUCCUGUCGGAGGAGUUGAACUUGCUACACCAACUCCUGGAGCUAUAAACAUGCGAGGUGCUAUCACCCCUGAACAGUAUAACUUGUUGAGGUGGGAGAAAGAUAUUGAAGACAGAAAUCGUCCAUUGACUGAUGAAGAACUUGAUAUAAUGUUCCCUCAAGAGGGAUACACAAUUUUAGACCCCCCAGCUUCUUAUGUCCCUAUUAGAACUCCUGCAAGGAAGCUACUUGCUACCCCAACUCCAAUGGGAACUCCACUCUAUGCAAUUCCUGAGGAGAAUAGGGGCCAGCAAUUUGAUGUUCCAAAAGAAUUGCCUGGUGGUUUGCCAUUCAUGAAGCCUGAAGAUUACCAGUACUUCGGAGCUUUGCUGAAUGAGGAGGAUGAAGAAGAGCUCUCUCCUGAUGAGCAGAAGGAACGAAAAAUUAUGAAACUGUUGCUUAAGGUGAAGAAUGGAACACCUCCGCAGCGCAAAACAGCUCUGAGACAGCUCACUGACAAGGCCCGGGAGUUUGGUGCAGGUCCAUUGUUUAACCGGAUUCUCCCACUCCUCAUGCAACCUACUCUGGAAGAUCAGGAAAGGCAUCUUUUAGUGAAAGUCAUUGAUAGAGUUCUAUAUAAGCUGGAUGAGUUGGUACGUCCUUAUGUACACAAAAUUCUGGUCGUGAUUGAGCCUUUGUUAAUUGAUGAGGAUUACUAUGCCCGUGUAGAAGGAAGAGAAAUAAUAUCUAAUCUUAGCAAGGCAGCUGGUCUUGCCACAAUGAUUGCUGCAAUGCGUCCUGAUAUUGAUAACAUUGAUGAGUAUGUUCGAAACACCACUGCUAGAGCUUUCAGUGUCGUUGCAUCAGCUCUUGGGAUCCCUGCCCUAUUGCCAUUUCUGAAAGCUGUAUGUCAAAGUAAGAAGUCGUGGCAAGCUCGUCACACGGGUAUCAAGAUUGUUCAACAAAUUGCUAUACUGAUUGGCUGUGCAGUUCUUCCUCACUUGCGAUCUCUUGUAGAAAUUAUUGAACAUGGUCUAAAUGAUGAGAAUCAGAAGGUCAGAACUAUCACGGCGCUGUCUUUAGCAGCUCUUGCUGAGGCUUCUGCUCCAUAUGGUAUUGAGAGCUUUGACUCAGUUUUGAAGCCACUGUGGAAGGGUAUCAGGUCACACCGUGGGAAAGUGUUAGCUGCCUUUUUGAAGGCAAUUGGUUUCAUUAUACCACUUAUGGAUGCAAUAUAUGCUAGCUACUAUACAAAAGAAGUCAUGGUUAUCUUGAUCCGUGAGUUUCAGUCACCAGAUGAAGAAAUGAAGAAGAUUGUGCUAAAAGUGGUUAAGCAGUGCGUUAGCACCGAAGGUGUUGAGGCUGACUAUAUUCGAAGUGAUAUCUUGCCUGAAUUUUUCCGCAACUUUUGGGUUCGAAGGAUGGCUCUGGAUCGUAGAAAUUAUAAGCAGCUUGUUGAGACAACUGUUGAAGUGGCAAAUAAAGUUGGGGUUGCUGAUAUUGUUGGAAGAAUAGUGGAAGAUCUUAAAGACGAGAGUGAACCUUAUAGGCGAAUGGUUAUGGAGACAAUUGAGAAGGUCGUAGCUGAUUUGGGUGCAUCCGAUAUUGAUGCUCGCUUGGAAGAGCUUCUGAUUGAUGGCAUCCUUUAUGCAUUCCAAGAGCAGACCAGCGAUGAUGCUAAUGUGAUGCUUAAUGGGUUUGGUGCAGUUGUGAAUUCUUUAGGGCAGAGGGUGAAGCCUUACCUUCCCCAGAUAUGUGGUACAAUCAAGUGGCGUCUGAAUAACAAGAGCGCGAAAGUGAGGCAGCAGGCAGCAGAUCUCAUUUCUCGAAUUGCAGUGGUCAUGAAGCAGUGUCAGGAAGAGCAACUCAUGGGACAUCUUGGGGUUGUCUUGUACGAGUAUUUAGGAGAAGAAUACCCUGAAGUCUUGGGAUCAAUACUGGGAGCACUAAAAGCAAUUGUGAAUGUCAUUGGUAUGACAAAAAUGACUCCUCCGAUCAAGGAUUUGCUUCCGCGACUGACCCCAAUUUUGAAAAAUCGGCAUGAGAAGGUUCAGGAGAACUGUAUUGAUCUUGUUGGUCGAAUUGCUGAUCGUGGAGCAGAAUUUGUCCCUGCAAGGGAGUGGAUGAGAAUAUGCUUUGAGCUUCUUGAGAUGCUUAAAGCCCACAAAAAGGGAAUUCGCCGGGCAACAGUGAACACCUUUGGAUACAUUGCAAAAGCUAUCGGACCACAAGAUGUGCUAGCAACCUUGCUGAAUAAUCUCAAGGUUCAAGAGCGCCAGAACCGUGUUUGUACAACGGUUGCAAUUGCUAUAGUUGCAGAAACCUGUUCCCCGUUCACAGUAUUACCUGCAUUGAUGAACGAGUAUCGUGUUCCUGAGCUAAAUGUGCAGAAUGGUGUCCUGAAAUCCUUGUCCUUCCUUUUCGAGUAUAUUGGUGAAAUGGGUAAAGAUUACAUAUAUGCUGUGACUCCAUUACUUGAAGAUGCUCUCAUGGACAGAGAUCUGGUUCACAGGCAAACCGCUGCCUCAGCUGUCAAGCACAUGGCUUUGGGUGUGGCUGGGCUGGGAUGUGAGGAUGCGUUAGUUCACUUGAUGAACUAUGUCUGGCCAAACAUAUUCGAGACUUCACCUCAUGUCAUAAACGCAGUCAUGGAAGCCAUUGAAGGAAUGAGGGUUGCAUUAGGUGCGGCUGUUGUACUCAACUACUGUCUACAGGGACUGUUCCAUCCUGCCAGAAAGGUUAGAGAAGUAUACUGGAAAAUUUACAACUCGCUCUAUAUUGGUGCUCAAGAUGCCUUGGUUGCAGCUUAUCCUACACUCGAUGACGAGGAAAGCAACAUUUACAGCAGGCCGGAAUUGACGAUGUUCGUGUAGUUCGAGUUUUUUCCAGUAAUGUAGACACUACCCUUUUCGGCUGCUGAACGUUUCUAUAUUAUGUCUGUUUUGAAAUAACUACUGCUUGUUUUUACAAUAUCAGUUCCUCAUACUACUGAGUACUGCCACAUUGCUACUGAUGUUAUUUGAAAGAAAUGAUGUUGCUACGAUUAAGAUGUGCUUUUGGUGUGUGUUAUUAUUUGGAUUAUUGGAUUUCGUAUAGUUUAUUGUUC